AAAGUCAUGUCAAUAUUUUUGAUAUAAGGGUGGUUCUCUGGAAGACGUGUGUGGUAUACGAGCUUAUAGCUGCGUUAAUUUCAUCAAUAAAAUUUGUAUUUUGUGCUAUAGUCCUUUCUUUUGACUUAAGAAAACUGUAUUUUGUGGAUACUAUCGGUUCCUUCUAUUUAUGGCUAAAAUUUUGAUAAUUGAACCUUUCUAUGGAGGAUCACAUAAACAACUACUGGACACAAUUUUGCAACAAUUUCAUCCUGCUGAGUACGAUCUUUUCACUCUCACGGCGAAAAAAUGGCAUUGGCGUUCCCGUAUUGGAGCGCUUUAUUUUUCGGAAACGAUCCCUCGGGACCACCAAUACCGAACCUUGUUUACAAGCUCGGUUCUGAAUCUAGCCGAACUGAUUGGACUUCGACCGGAUUUGUCCGUGUGUAGAAAAAUAGUCUAUUUCCAUGAGAACCAGCUCAAUUAUCCGGUCCGGGAAAUUAAGGAACGCGAUUGCCAGUACGGGCUGAACCAAAUCAUGACCUGUCUGAGUGCUGACCAGAUAGUCUUCAAUUCGCAUUACAACCGUACGUCGUUUUUAGACAACAUCAAGAGCUUCCUUAACAUUGCACCGGAUUUAAAGUUGAAAAAUAUCAAGGAAAAAUUAGAACCUCGGAGCGAAGUACUCUACUUCCCGAUUCCGUUUCAUCUUAUUCCAAAACGCGUAUUUACCAAAAACGAAAAAGCCCUGCAUUUGAUUUGGCCGCACCGUUGGGAACAUGACAAAAAUCCUCAAUUUCUGACCAAUACCCUAGUGGAGCUUAACAAACGACAAGUUGACUUUCGGGUUUCAAUCCUUGGCGAACGAACGCAAUCGAUUCCUGAAUGUUUCGAGAGCAUUAAAGAGCAACUGAAGGAAAAACUGAUUAAUUUUGGUUUUCUAUCUAAGGAUGAUUAUAUCCGCACACUUUUAGACGGAGAUGUGGUCAUUUCAACAUCUGGGCAUGAGUUCUACGGCGUUGCCAUGUUAGAGGCUUCCUACUGCGGCUGCCUACCAGUUGCCCCAAAUAAACUAGUCUAUCCGGAGAUUUAUCCCGCCACCAGCCUUUACAACACUUCCAAUCAACUAAUCAAAAUGUUGUACAACUGGUGUAAAAACCGAACCUUGUUUGCACGAGAUCGGGCUAUUUUUUACGAAAAUUUCAACUUUGACCAAUACUCGUCGACGACCACCGUUCCAAAGUUCAUAUCAAUGAUAAAAGCUCAUAUCGUCACAGGAGAAUGCAAAAAUUUAGGUCCCAUAGUCACAACACCCAACGGGAUCUAGGACAACAUAGGUCGCAAAUGUAUCGUAGGAAACAUUCUUCCAAUUAUAAAACAAUGUUAAGAUACAAAAUUUAAA